GUAAAUAUGGCUUCUCACUUCAGCGGUGUCCUGCAGCUGACAGAUCUUGACGAUUUUAUCACACCCUCUCAGGAAUGUGUCAAACCAGUUAAAGUAGAGAAGAAACAAGGUAAAUCUGUGGCCAAAAUACAGAUAGAAGAUGAUGGCAGUUAUGUCCAAGUCAAUCAGGAUGGUGGGAAGCAGAAGCUGGAGAGAGCAAAGAUCACACUGAAUGACUGUUUAGCCUGCAGUGGCUGCAUCACCUCAGCUGAGAGCGUCCUCAUCACUCAGCAGAGUCACGAAGAGCUUUUAAAAGUGCUGCGUAACAACAAGGCCAAUGCGACACAGCAGAGGAUUGUGGUUGUGUCUGUUUCGCCGCAAUCCAGAGCCUCCCUUGCAGCACACUACGGUCUCGGCAGUAGUGAGACAGGCAGGAGGCUCACUUCUUUCUUAAAAGGCCUUGGAGUUCAUCAUGUAUUCGAUACCAGCUUCAGUCGGACCUUCAGUCUGCUGGAGAGUCAGAGAGAGUUCGUGGAGCGGUUCCAGAGAAAGAAAGAGGACAACAAGGCCCUGCCCAUGUUAACAUCUGCCUGUCCAGGUUGGAUCUGCUAUGCAGAGAAGACACAUGGAGAGUUUAUUCUUCCAUACAUCAGUACCACCCGCUCUCCCCAGCAGGUGAUGGGUUCUCUAGUUAAAGGCUAUUUUGCAGAACAACAGGGGCUGAGCCCGCAGCAGAUCUACCAUGUGGCAGUGAUGCCUUGUUUUGACAAGAAACUUGAGGCCUCACGCCCAGACUUCUACAUACACAAAGCUAAGACCCGAGAAGUGGAUUGUGUCAUCACUUCUGGAGAGGUUCUGAAAAUGCUGGAGGAGGAAAAUAUGUCUCUUAAUGACGUAGCACCUGUAGCUUUGGAUACAAUGUUCAGCAGUGUGUGUGAGGAUGAAUUUCUGAGUCAUGCUGGUAGUGGGUCAGGGGGUUACCUCCAUCAUGUCUUUACUUAUGCUGCCAAGCAUCUCUUUGGAGAGGAGGUGAAGGAGCUCACCUACAAGACGCUGAAGAAUAAAGACUUCCAAGAGGUGAGACUGGAAAAAGAUGGUGCCGUGCUGCUGUGCUUUGCCUCAACAUACGGUUUCCGCAACAUUCAGAACCUUGUGCAGAAACUAAAAAGAGGGAAGUCGCCUUAUCACUUUGUGGAAGUUAUGGCCUGUCCAUCAGGCUGUCUAAAUGGUGGUGGGCAGGUGAAGCCCUCGACUGGUCAGAACCCAAAGGAACUUCUCCAGAAAGUUGAGGAGCUCUACCAGGCAGAGCGCACCCUGCUGCCGGAAGAUGACACUCGCGUAGCCGAGCUGUACCAAUCCUGGCUUUACAGCGUUGGAGAGGAAAAAGCCAAAGAUCUGCUGCACACACAGUACCACGUUGUGGAGAAGAUGACCAAUGGGCUCACGAUGAAGUGGUGAUGCAAAGGCAAAGUAUUUGCAAACUUAAACUUUGCACAAUUUUUGUAGAGCCAUCCACAUUAAUGUAACUAUUUAUACAUAACUACAGAGAUGAGGGUUAUGACGGUAGUUUGACAUGUCACUUUCUUUAAAACACUUCAGCUGGCGAGGUGGAGGACUAUAUAAUAUACACAAUGCUUCAACAUCGUCAUAUUGUGUGUGUAUAUAUGUGCUGAUUGUUUGCCUUUUCACUAUAGACCAUCUUUAUAAAUAGUAACUUUUGUUUAGCAUCCGUUAUACUUUGUACAUGUUAGCUAAAAUAAGCCAAAAUAUACUCAUUCCUUACUGAUUUAAGAAUGACAUGUAUAUAUGCAUUUUGAAAAUAAAAAUUAUUUAAUUA